AUGUCCGACCCGCGUCGAGGGGCCGACGAGCCGGCUCAGUCUCCCACGACGCCGUUGCGGAGGGAGCGCGCGCCUACCAUCACCAUCGAUACCUCUGCGGUGAGCUCCUCUAAUACGAACGAGCCCCCGGUGCAGAUCCUCUCCGACCCCGAGCAGCCAUCGCUCCGGCUGAAUACCGACACGAUCGACUCCUCCGACACUACCGCACACCACAAUGGCUCCGGUUCCCCUACGGACAUGCGAUCCCCGGCCUCCCUGCGCUCCAAUGCCUCCUCCGAAGCUCGAGACCGCGAACGAGACCGUGAAAGCCGGCCAACCUCGCCUCAUAACAUCUCGUCCCCAAAGGCCAAAGCCCCCGAGGCGCAUUCCCACUUCCUAUCGGUGCCCGGUACGCGAUCCCGCGGUAACUCGUUGGAGUCCGAAGACACCAGUCAAACCUCCAGCACAUAUGGUGGCGAGACCUACGUGCCAAGUGCCUCGCAAGGAUCCAACUCUGAGGUGACAAAAAACACCAACGUCGAUGACGAGGAUGCCCUCACUCCGGACCCGGGCCGUGAAGAUGAAUUUGAGGUGGAGAACAACAAGUUCGCCUUCUCCCCAGGCCAGCUUAACAAGCUUUUGAAUCCAAAGAACUUCGGCGCAUUCCGACAACUCGGCGGACUACGAGGACUGGAAAAAGGCUUGCGGACGGAUGUUCGGAGUGGACUGAGCGUGGACGAGACGACCCUAGAUGGUGUAGUCGAGUUGAGCGAUGUCACGUCGUCGGACUCGAUGCCCAAGUCAGUUUCGCCAACGCGUCCACCUCCCUCGAUUCCCGAAGGAGGUGCAGCGGCGGCAUCAGAAGCCGACGGGUCAUUCGUAGACCGAAAGCGAGUAUACGGCAAUAACGUGCUGCCGGAACGGAAGCUCAAGACCAUUUGGGAACUGGCUUGGAUUGCGUAUAACGAUAAAGUGCUGAUCUUGCUGACGGUUGCCGCGGUUAUUUCACUGGCCGUGGGUAUCCCGCAGUCACUCCAUCCAGCGAAACCUGGUGAGCCGGGUGUGGAAUGGGUGGAAGGUCUUGCCAUUCUUGUUGCUAUCAUCAUUGUGGUUACGGUUGGUGCUGCAAAUGAUUGGCAGAAGGAACGACAAUUUGCCAAAUUGAAUAAGAAAAAGGAAAACAGACUGGUCCAGGUUAUUCGAUCAGGCAAGACCAUUGAAAUUUCGAUUCACGAUGUGCUCGUCGGCGAUGUGAUGCACCUCGAACCCGGUGACCUUGUCCCCGUCGAUGGUAUCCUGAUCGCAGGCCACGAUGUGAAAUGCGACGAAUCUUCGGCUACGGGUGAAUCUGAUCUCCUACGAAAAACUCCUGGUGACGAAGUCUACCGAGCAAUCGAAAAACACGAAGAUCUCCGCAAAAUGGAUCCCUUUAUCGUCUCCGGCGCCAAGGUCUCCGAGGGUGUGGGAACGUUCCUCGUUACUGCUGUCGGUGUUCAUACCACUCACGGUCGCACAAUGAUGUCUCUCCAGGAGGAAGGCGAAACGACUCCUCUUCAAACCAAGUUGAAUAAGCUGGCCGAGUACAUUGCCAAGCUUGGUCUGGCCUCUGGUCUUCUACUGUUUGUUGUGCUUUUCAUCAAGUUCCUCGUUCGACUCAAGAAUAUCGAGGGCGGUGCCGAUGCCAAGGGACAGGCUUUCCUUCAGAUCUUCAUUGUCGCCGUGACCAUUGUCGUCGUCGCUGUACCCGAGGGUUUACCGCUAGCAGUAACCCUUGCACUAGCCUUUGCAACGACGCGAAUGAUCAAAGAUAACAACCUGGUACGUUUCCUCAAGGCGUGCGAGACCAUGGGUAAUGCGACAACCAUCUGCUCCGACAAGACUGGUACCCUGACAGUGAAUAAAAUGAGCGUCGUUUCGGCGACCCUGGGAACGACAUCACGCUUUGGAGACAAGUCUGGCACCAACCAAUCCAACCAACCUGGUGAUGUUUCCGCUGCCGAGUUUGUCAAGACUUUGUCACCUUCUGUCAAGGAUCUUCUGAUGCAGUCAAUCGUUCUCAACUCUACUGCAUUCGAAGGAGAACAGGAAGGUGUCAAAACCUUCAUCGGCUCCAAGACUGAGACUGCCCUGCUGACCUUUGCUCGUGAUUUCAUGGGCAUGGGGCCUCCAGCAGAAGCCCGAGCAAGUGCAAAGAUCCCGCAGAUGUUCCCGUUCGACUCGAGUCGCAAGUGCAUGGCAGUGGUCGUUCAGCUGGAAAAUGGAAAGUAUCGCAUGCUAGUCAAGGGUGCUGCCGAAAUCUUGAUGGCCAAGUCCACUCGAAUUAUCCGUGAUCCCACCGACACCCUCACCGAGACGCCUCUGACGGAUGAGAACCGGUCUACGCUGGACAACAUCAUGACAACCUACGCCAACCGUUCCCUGCGAUGCAUUGCUCUCACCUACCGUGAUUUCGAGCAGUGGCCCCCACGUGGUGCGCCCACUUCGGAAGCUGAUCGCACCCAGGCAACCUUCGAGCCCAUAUUCAAGGAUAUGACGAUCAUUGGCAUCUUUGGUAUUCAGGAUCCUCUUCGACCUGGUGUUGCAGAGGCGGUGCACACGUGUCAGCGUGCUGGUGUCUUCGUUCGUAUGGUCACUGGUGACAACAUCAUGACGGCCAAGGCUAUUGCUCAAGAGUGUGGUAUCUACACACCUGGUGGUAUUGCUAUCGAGGGCCCGAAGUUCCGCAAGCUCAGCACACGUCAAAUGAACCAGAUCCUUCCUAGAUUGCAAGUAAUUGGCCGAUCUAGCCCUGAAGACAAGAAGAUCCUCGUGAACGCUCUGAAGAAACUUGGCGAGACUGUUGCCGUCACUGGUGACGGUACCAAUGACGCCCAGGCUUUGAAGAAUGCGGAUGUCGGUUUCGCUAUGGGUAUCACCGGUACCGAAGUGGCCAAGGAGGCAUCGGAUAUCAUUCUGAUGGACGAUAACUUUGCAUCCAUUGUCAAGGCCAUGUCAUGGGGUCGUACUGUCAGCGAUGCGGUCAAGAAGUUCCUCCAAUUCCAGAUCACGGUCAAUAUCACUGCUGUGAUCCUUACUUUUGUCUCGGCAGUUGCUAGCAGCUCGGAGAAUUCCGUCCUCAGUGCAGUGCAGUUGCUUUGGGUUAACCUGAUUAUGGAUACUUUUGCCGCUCUUGCUCUUGCAACAGACCCACCAUCGCCCUACGUUCUUGACCGUCGACCGGAAUCCAAGGCUGCUCCGCUUAUCACUCUCACCAUGUGGAAGAUGAUCAUCGGACAGUCGAUCUACCAGCUGGUUGUGACGCUCGUGCUGAACUUUGCCGGCAAGUCUAUCUUCCCUUCUUGGGACGAUGCCCGCAUGAAAACCGUGGUCUUCAACACUUUCGUCUUUAUGCAAAUCUUCAACCAGUACAACUCCCGUCGCAUUGACAACAAGCUUAACAUUCUUGAGGGUAUUUGGCGCAACAAAUGGUUUAUUGGUAUUCAGAUCAUUAUCAUCGGAGGUCAAGUUCUGAUCAUCUUCGUUGGUGGCACUGCAUUCUCGGUGAGGCGUCUCAACCAGGGCUCCCAGUGGGCCGUUAGCCUUGUCCUGGGUGCUCUUUCUGUACCCAUCGCUGUGGUUAUCCGCCUCAUCCCCGACGAAUUCGUUAGCAAGCUUAUUCCACACAGCUGGCAUGGUCGUCACCAGAAGAAGGGACCUGAGCUUGUGAUCUCGGACGAGGACCGCCGUUACGAUUGGAAUCCGGCCUUGGAGGAGAUUCGCGACCAAUUGCAGUUCAUCAAGACCGUCCGCGGUGGUCGCCUGCGACACAUCCGCCACAAGCUGCAGCACCCGCAAGAAUUCUUGCCACGAUCUCGCAGCGGCUCUCGCUCUCGUGAAUCUUCCAUCCCACCCACACCUAAUGGCGACAAUGGAAGCCCACCUCCCGGUCCCUCUAGCCCCGAGACUCGCUCGCGUCGCAAUACCCGGUCACGCUCGAACUCGACGUUCGGACCUGCUGCCGCUAUGGCUGGUGUCGUGGCUGGUAGUAUCGCCGGCUGGUCUCCCAUUGAGCGGAACCACGACGAGGCCGACUCGAUCACCUUCCCUACCAACGCUGUGCACGGCGGUCUGGACAACCAGCAGGGUAUCGAGAUUCACCCUGACACAGCGGCAGAUGACCGCAUCGUCAGCGAGUACUCUACAAACUCCAAGACCCCUCCCAGUCAAAAUCCGGACCUUAUUCCAUUCUUUGAACAUGCGCCUCCGGCGACUGCAGAGCGAGCGCCGUCGAGUCGGGGACGCCGCUCCUUCUCCCAGCGGUCUCACACCAGUCAAAGCCACUCACAGGUGUAA